UGGACACUACCGAACACCUGGAACCGUACUGAAAGAACAAGAAUCGUGCGCAAGGAAAUCAAUUGGUUCAUACUAGCUUGUCAAAAAGACAUUGGAUAUUGGAUAGUUGGAGAAUUUCUUUAGGAAGCGGAUAAUUUGCUAAUGGUGUUACUGUGAUGUUGACUUUCGGUCGCAUAUUGCUUAGCUCAUCAUGUAGGAACUCUCUGCCUUUCAGCAAAUUGUUAAAAAACUACAAGGAACCUAAAAGAUGUGCUUCUCGUUGGGUUCCUGACAAAAAGUUUAUGGAUGAACUUAGGGACUCAUUAUACAACCCCGAAGCCAUCAAGGCUACCACAUCCGUACAACCAAUUGAUUUUUUCAACGUGAAGCAUCAGGAGGUUCAAUCUGUCCACUUAAAUUUUGGUCCGCAACAUCCCGCUGCCCAUGGUGUUUUGAGAUUAAUUAUGGAGCUUGAUGGGGAGAAAAUUAUUCGUCUUGAUCCACAUAUCGGUCUACUACAUCGUGGCACAGAAAAGUUAAUCGAAUACAAAACAUACACCCAAGCUUUGCCUUAUUUUGACCGACUUGAUUAUGCUUCAAUGAUGUGUAACGAACAGUGUUAUUCGUUGGCUGUGGAGAAGCUACUCAAUAUUGAAGUACCUCCCCGUGCAAAGUAUAUACGAACUCUUUAUGCUGAAAUAACUAGAAUACUGAAUCACUGUCUAGCUGUUGGUUCUACUGUUUUGGAUAUUGGAGGCAUAACUCCAAUCUUUUGGUUGUUUGAGGAACGAGAGAAAAUGUAUGAGUUCUAUGAACGUGUGUCUGGUGCUCGUAUGCACGCUGCUUAUAUUCGUCCAGGAGGUGUUGCUUUAGAUAUGCCUCUUGGACUAAUGGAUGAUAUACACAAUUUCAUACAAAAGUUUCCACAGCGGUUAGAUGAAAUAAGUGAUUUAUUGUAUGAAAAUCCCAUUUGGAUUACUCGUACCAAAGAUGUUGGUGUUGUUAGUGCUGAAGAUGCUUUAGAUUUGGGAUUCUCUGGGGUUAUGCUUCGUGGGAGUGGAAUUAAAUGGGAUUUGCGUAAAACACAACCUUACGAUGCUUACGCAGACAUAGAUUUCGAUGUACCAGUUGGUGUUCAGGGUGACUGCUACGAUCGAUUUCUAAUACGUAUGGAAGAAAUGCGUCAAUCUUUGCGUAUUAUAGAACAAUGUCUUAAUAAAAUGCCCAAAGGUGAAAUCAAAGUGGAUGACGCCAAAAUUUGUCCACCUAAACGUGCUGAAAUGAAAGAUUCGAUGGAAGCUCUCAUUCAUCAUUUCAAAUUAUUUUCGGAAGGUUACUCGGUACCACCUGGGUCGACAUAUACUGCUGUUGAAGCUCCUAAAGGUGAAUUUGGAGUUUAUCUAGUCUCCGACGGUACAAACAAACCAUAUAGAUGUAAAAUUAAAGCUCCAGGUUUUGCUCACUUAGCAGCAAUAGAUAAACUUUGUCGGGGUUUUUUGUUACCCGAUGUAGUGGCAGUUAUAGGUACUUUGGACAUUGUAUUUGGAGAAGUCGAUCGAUAAGUGCAUAUGUCAACUUGUAAACAAUUUAGGAGGAAUAAAUUCUACCUAUUUCUUAUUCCUUUUAGUAUUAUUGACCUAAACUGUAUUUCAAUAAAUAAAAAGAAAACUUAAGCAGAACUUC